CAACCCCCACCCCCUCCCGCAAGCGGGCCCCGCCCUGAGCCGAGAAAGCCCCAGGAAGCCCCAGGCCCGCGAAGCGACCGAUGCGCCGCCGGGGCCCCGUGAGAUCGCGCGCCGCAGCCCGCCGCAGCCGGCGAUGACCUCCCGCGGUGCUCGCCGGCCGGAAUGAGGUCCACCACGCGCACCCGCACCACCGCCACUGGGGUGGCGCCCGCGUCCCCCUCAUGCCCAAGCCGUCGUCCAACCCUAACCCUAGGCGCCACCGCCCGGGCCCGGGGAGCAACCCGAUCCCCGGCGGACCGCCGCCUCGGGCCGUCCCGGAGCCGGAGCUGUCGCCCUCGGGGCCCGUCAAGUUCAGGCCGUCGGAAAUGACCCCCGCCGAGGCGCGGCAGCUCCGCGCGCGGCUCACCGGCGAGCUCGGCCGCGUCCGCGCGCUCCUCUCCCGCAUCGACACGUGGCAGGACGGCCAGCAGCGCCGCCGCCGGGCCGCCGCGGAGCACGACCCGGAGCCCCGCGCGCGCCGCGCGUCCCCGCCCCCGCCGCCGGCGCUGGUGGAGGCGAUGCGGAAGCGGUGCGCGGAGAUCCUGAUGCGGCUGCGCAAGUCCAAGAACAGCGUGUGGUUCAACUCCCCCGUCGACGUCGAGGGCCUCAAGCUGCACGACUACCGCGCCAUCAUCCGGAGCCCCAUGGAUCUCGGCACCGUCAAGCACAACCUCGCCGCGGGCCGGUACCCGUCGCACGAGGCCUUUGCCGACGACGUUCGGCUCACCUUCAACAACGCGCUGCGGUACAACCCUCCCGACCACCACGUGCACAGGUACGCCGGCAGCCUCCUCGCCACGUUCGAAGGGCUGUACAAGGAGGCCGUCUCGUGGUUCGACCAGCAGCGCCCGCCAAUCGAGCCGCCAAUGCCGCUGCCGGAUUUGCCCGCGCCGCUGCAGCAUCUGCCGGUUUCUGUGCCGGUGCAGGCUCCCCCGAGGAUUGGGGGUGGGAGGAGGCCCAAGCCCAAGGCGAGGGAGCCGAACAAGAGGGAGAUGGACGAGGAGGAGAAGCAGAAGCUGAGGGUGGAGAUUGAGAACCUGCCGGAGGAGAAGAUGCUGAAUGUGCUGCAGAUUGUUCAGAAGAGGAACAGUGAUCCGGCAUUGACAGGGGAGGUUGUGGAGCUUGAUUUUGAUGAGCUGGAUAUCGAGACCCUGUGGGAGCUUGAUCGAUUCGUGGUCAAUUGGAGGAAGGCCCUAAAGAAGAGCCAGCGGAAUUCUGUGAUGAAUGGUGAUGCUGCUGCGAUGAAUGGGGACACCAUUGAUGUGACGAUUAUUCCAGAUGAGGAUGACAUGGUGCAGGUGGAUGUCAAUCCGCCCAUGGUGGUUGAAAUUGGAGACUCGGAGAUUGACAUGCCGGAGAAGAGGGCAACAGAGCCGGACAUGGUUGAUGAGUAUGUGGAUAUUGGUGAUGAGAUGCCGACGGUGAAUUACCAGUCGGUAGAAAUCGAGAAGGAUGCCCAGGUGGCUAGCAGCUCAAGCGGGUCUGGAAGUGGAUCAUCUUCAUCCAGUGAUUCUGACUCGGACUCUGAUUCUGACGGGGACGAUGCUCGCUCUCCGGAUUAGGUGGUGCUUCCUGACUGUAGGAUUAGCGAUUUGAGUAGGUGACUGAGGUUCUUUUUUGGUGAGAUUUUGAGGAAUGGUAUAGCAAAAUGGAUGGCCCUCGCUCAUGAGUCGGUGUGAGGUGUGUUUGUGUGUACCUGGUGGUUAUUGGUAUUACUUGGUAGUGGAUAGCUUAGAUGUUUGGGUAGAUUGGAAGACUACUACUACUGUAAAGAAGGGAAUAUAAUCCGGAACAAAGAGGAAAGGUAGCAAUGCAUUGGCAUUUCAUCUUGAGUUUUAUA